UUGUGCUUUAUUUAUUAUCGCGUGAUGAUGUUGUAGGGUCACGGGGCCUACCACCAAUCAAGGCCCGUUCGUUCAGACUAUUUUCGAAAGGGAGUAGUUAACCGAAAGAGAGAGGCCUGGAAAAUAUGAAAAGUCGUAUUCUAUUUGGUCACAACACUUCAAUUUUUUACCUUCUAGAAAAAUGCUAAGAAAAAAUAGCAGGAACAAAAAUGUAACGAUAAUUAACAUAGGCAAUAGAACCAUACCUCAAGAAACAGCUUGGGUUUCUCAAUUCGAAAUCAUUUUUGUGGGGGCUAUUCUGAUGUGCCUCCUGAACCUUCGAUUACAAAUUAUGAAGAAUUGGAAAGAUUUUCAUCUUUAUAAGGACUACGAAGAUUGGACGAUAACAGCGAACGCUUUUAUCACAGUUGUUACGAUAGCAGCUGUAAUUUCAUGCAGAAUUGCACAAAAAAAGCGUGGAAAAGUGAACAAAAUUAUUUACGUCUGCAUUGGAGUCUUAGCUAUUUUUGGACUGAUCAAGUUAACUACAUUGUAUUGCACGUUCAGCUCAAAUUACUUGCUCGUGUACAUUUAUAUUAUUGACUUUAUUUUAUUAUUCUUAGUGGUGUUCGCUGGUGGAUUGAUGGUAUUUAGUCAACAAUACAUUCUAAGAUUUGAUGACGGACCAGAGACAUUUAUUACAUAGAUUCAAUUUAGCAGGGUUUUAUAUUUCACUCUUGUUUUUUCCGAGUCGAUUUUAAAAAAUACAUAUUUGUCGUUUUUUGAAUGGCAAUUUAUAUAUUUUGCGUCAGUUUCGUCGUUUUCUGCCAUUCUCUUUCACUCGUUCAAAUACAGUUACAAAUAGAUUCUCGAAAUGGGAUCAUUACGUUACAUGGGGUUUUUCUGUAAUAGCUAACGCAGUGUUCUUCAACCUUUUUUUUUUUAUCGCGGUAUACCUUUUUACAAUAUUUCAAGAGCUUUGUAUACCCUACAAAUACCAAUGUUUAUUUAUGGCUCGAAUAAACAUUAAAUUUUAAGCACAUAUUGUACU